ACAGUGUUCGAAUCGCCAGUAGAAAAAGAAGAGUUCGUUUUCGAAGGUACUAGAAAAUUGUGGAACAUAAUCAUGAAAAGGCAUUGCAUAUAACUAUAUAGUUUCGCGACAAUCAAGAAGAGGCGCUAGUUGUUCAUUUCUGGAGCUUUCUGAAAAUCUGCGCCGGCUCAAGAGUGAGCAUUCACGAGUCAUCACGUAUCUUUGCGAGUGUAAAAGAACGAGUUGCGAAAAAUAGAACGAAAUUACUAUUGUUCCGAGGUCAAGCGUUAUGGACCAGGUACCUGUGUUGAAAGAAAAAGGUAAUUCUGCUUUGCAAGACGGAAGGUUUGAGGAGGCUAUCAAACAUUAUACGGAAGCAAUUGCUUUAGACACAAACAACCAUGUUCUUUACAGUAAUAGAUCUGCAGCUUAUGCUAAAGCUGGUAAAUAUGAACAAGCAUUGGAAGAUGCUGAAAAAACUGUAAGUCUAAAACCUGAUUGGGCCAAAGGAUAUUCGCGUAAAGGCAGUGUGCUUGCUUAUCUGGGUAAAUUGGAUGCCUCUAUCAAAGCUUAUGAAAUUGGCCUACAAUUAGAUCCCAAUAAUGCACAGCUUAAAAGCAGUUUGGCCGAAGUUAGAGCUCAAAAACAAGCAGCAGCUGCCAAUCCUUUCAAUGCAUCCGAUCUCUUUGUGAAACUUGCAAAUGAUCCUAGAACCAAAGGUUACCUACAAGACCCAGAGUACCUAAAAAUUUUACAAGAACUUAGAACCAAUCCGCAAGCUCUUGCUAUGAAAUUACAGGAUACAAGAGUGCUUACAACUCUUAGCGUAUUGUUAGGUAUGAAUACAGAUAUGGGUGAACCAAUGGAAACAGAUCCACCAGAGCCAUCAAAACCUAAACCAGAACCACCUAAGCCUCAAAAGAAAGAAGAGGAUAAUCUUCCACCUGAGAAGAAGGAAGCAUUGAAUGAAAAACAGUUGGGUAAUGAAGCAUACAAAAAGAAAAACUUUGAGGAAGCGCUUCAGCACUAUAACAAAGCAGUGGAAUUAGAUCCUACAGAAAUCAUUUAUUUAUUGAACAUAGCUGCUGUAUAUUUUGAACAGAAAGAAUAUGAUAAAUGUAUUGAACAGUGUAAUAAAGCUAUUGAAGUUGGAAGAGAAAAUAGAGCAGAUUUUAAAUUAAUAGCAAAAGCAUUUACUAGAAUUGGUCAUGCAUACAAAAAAAUGGGCGAUUGGAAACAAGCAAAGGUAUAUUAUGAAAAAUCUAUGUCAGAGCACAGAACACCAGAAAUUAAAACUCUCCUUUCGGACAUUGAUAAAAUUAUUAGAGAAGAAGAACGAAAAGCAUACAUCGAUCCGGUAAAAGCAGAAGAGGAGAAAGAACUUGGAAAUCAGAAAUACAAAGACGGAGAUUAUCCAGCAGCGAUUAAGCAUUAUACGGAAGCCGUUAAAAGAAAUCCUGAUGAUCCGAAAUAUUAUAGCAACAGAGCUGCUUGUUAUACCAAAUUAGCCGCAUUUGAUCUCGGAUUAAAAGAUUGUGAAAAAUGUGUUGAAAUCGAUCCGAAGUUCAUUAAAGGCUGGAUAAGGAAAGGAAAAAUCUUGCAAGGAAUGCAGCAACAGGGCAAAGCACUUACUGCUUACCAGAAAGCAUUAGAAUUGGAUCCCUCAAACAGCGAGGCGUUAGAAGGAUAUCGUUCGUGUGCUGUUUCCGUUAGUUCGAAUCCUGAGGAAGUAAGAAAGAGAGCAAUGGCAGAUCCAGAAGUUCAAAGUAUAUUACGAGAUCCUGCUAUGAGACUUAUCUUAGAACAAAUGCAAAGUGACCCUAGAGCCUUACAAGACCACUUAAAGAACCCGGAUAUAGCUGCCAAGUUGCAAAAACUAUUGGAAUCAGGACUCAUAGCUAUUCAUUGAAAACAAAAAUAUCUGUAUUUGUGCAUAGCUCUGUGCAUGACUUUAUUGUCACCAAGUUCCUUUGGUAUUAAAGAAACAGUACUGUUCAUUAUAUUUUUAUGUAUUAGAGAUAUGUUCUUUAACCGUGCAGGUCGAUUAAUGGCGUAUUCGUUCGACAUCUGUAUUCGAAAAAGCCGUUUAAAGUAUGUUUGGUUGUACACAAAAUAUUUUUAUGCGAUGCGGUGGCCUUUUUGGUCAUAGACCAUUUUUGCAUUGUAAGUCCUGUUACGGUAGCUGUGUAUGUUUUAAUAUACCUUGUGGAGUAUAACUCUAUAAGGGAAAAAACUACUAUAUAAUUACAA